AUGGCUCCCUCUGCCGUCUCUCCCGAGCUAGCCCACCGUGUGCCCGUCCUGGCCAACAAGAAGGUCGAGGGCUCCAACAACGGUAAUGGCGUGCAGGCCUCCAAGCAGGAGGGCCUCACCAAGGACGUCGAGUCCAUGUUGGGCAACUGGUCCAACUUUACCUUUGCUCCCAUCCGCGAGAGCCAGGUCUCGCGCGCCAUGACUCGGCGCUACUUUGCCGACCUCGACGCCUACGCCGAGUCGGACAUUGUCAUCAUCGGCGCCGGCUCCUGCGGCCUGAGCGCGGCCUACACGCUCGGCAAGCUGCGCCCGGACCUGCGCAUCGCCAUCGUCGAGGCCGGCGUGUCGCCCGGAGGCGGCGCCUGGCUCGGCGGCCAGCUCUUCAGCGCCAUGGUGAUGCGCAAGCCGGCCGAUGCCUUCCUCGACGAGGUCGGCGUGCCGUACGAGGACGAGGGCCACUUUGUCGUCGUCAAGCACGCCGCCCUCUUCACCAGCACCGUGUUGAGCAAGGUGCUGCAGAUGCCCAACAUCAAGCUGUUCAACGCCACGGCCGUCGAGGACCUCAUCACGCGCCGCGACGCCGGCACGGGCGAUGUGCGCAUCGCCGGCGUCGUCACCAACUGGACUCUCGUCUCGAUGCAUCACGACGACCAGUCGUGCAUGGACCCCAACACCAUCAACGCGCCCAUGAUCAUCUCGACCACGGGCCACGACGGCCCCUUCGGUGCCUUCUCCGUCAAGCGCCUUGUCAGCAUGAAGCAGCUCGAGCAGCUCGGCGGCAUGCGCGGUCUCGACAUGCAGACGGCCGAGGACGCCAUCGUCAAGAACACGCGCGAGAUUGUGCCUGGUCUUGUCGUCGGAGGCAUGGAGCUCUCCGAGGUCGACGGUGCCAACCGCAUGGGCCCGACCUUUGGUGCCAUGGCCCUCAGCGGUGUCAAGGCCGCCGAGGAGGUGCUCAAGGUGUUUGACCUCCGCAAGGCCGAGAACUCCCAGUAA